AUGGCCCGAAUUGUUUCUCCCAAAGCCAUCUAUAUCUCCCACGACGGCCGAGUCGUCGAUCUAAGUGAGAUCCCAGAGGGUGCAGGCCAGACGGCGGACGCUCCCAAGACCGAAGAAGAGUUUGUCAUGAUUGGUGAUUUCUUUGACAACCACACUUCAUCCACCAAGACUUCAAGCCCCACCAUCCAUGAAGUUGAGGAAGACGACCAGCAGGAGAAGGCCACCGAAGACAGCGACAACGACAGCGAUAGCGAUGAGACCAUCGAUGCCACCACUACCCUCGCCCACAACCCCUGGUCAUCCUUCAACCACGGCACCCGAUGGGCGACCCCAAACUUCCAACCGGCAGCACCCAGCUGGGCAACCGUCAUCUCUCGAGCCGUCUACAUCCUGCUGUCUCCCUCGAAGUGGCGGACCAUGUUUAACCACCUUCAUCGUUUGGGUGAUAAUAUCAGCAUGUUUGACAGGGAGUGGCAGCACGAGGUGCUUAGAAACAACGUUCCUGAGCCCAGCCAGGAGCAGGUGUUCCUCCGGGGCGUCUAUGAGCACGCUCGCACGGUUCUAGACGCACAGGUCUCAAGCAAGCCAAACGCGCAGGUUCUGAAGAUCUUGUGGGCACAGCGGUAUUCCAAGAGGUCGUUUGAGAAUAUCGCGGCGAAGGAACUUUUAUACAGAAUGUGGAACACAUGCGACGGUGCUUACACAAAUCGCAAGAAGCGGGAUCAGAGAUCAUUUGCUGCUCCUGUGUACCGGGUUGAACGAGCGAGCCGAGACGUCUAA